CCCCCUCCAACCCUCCCCUCCCUUCUUUCCCCACAAGUGCCAUUGUUUGAGCAGGAAAUGACGACAACGACGACAAAGCAAGUGCCUUUCGAGGCUGGCGUGAGCUCGCGAAGAGACACAUUGUUGCACCUCACCAGCAGCGAAAAGGCUCUUGGGGCAGCAUACGGCAACACAGGAAUCAGGGGUGUAUUCAAGGAUCGCUAUGCCCUCUAUUGCUCCUUUUUCGCUGCCAUGGGAGGUUUGCUCUUUGGUAUUGACCAGGGCCUCAUGUCCAUCACCCUUGUCAUGCCUCAAUUCCUGCGCCAAUUCCCUGAGGUAGACGAGAGCUCGGGAAACAAUGCCGGAUUCAACAAGGGUCUGCUCACCGCCAUCCUUGAGCUUGGUGCCAUUUUUGGCGCUUUCAGCAGCUCCUUCAUCGCUGAUCGCUGGUCGCGUCGAGUUGCAAUUCGGACGGGUGUCACGUUCUUCAUCGUCGGUUCCGCUCUUCAGACAGGUUCUAUCGCAUACGCUAUGCUUGCCGUUGGCCGAUUCAUCGGCGGGAUCGGCAUUGGUUUUUUGUCAAUGAUCGCACCCAUCUACAUCUCCGAAUGCUCGCCACCCAAUGUCCGUGGCGUGCUUCUUGUCUUGGAGUCGUUCGCCAUUGUCACGGGUGUGGUUGUGGCCUACUACGUCACAUACGGGACUCGCCACAUCGCGUCUGAGUGGUCCUUUCGCCUUCCUUUUCUCCUUCAAAUGGUACCGGGCUUUGUCAUGCUCGCGUCGUCCUUUGUACUGCCGGCCAGCCCUCGCUGGCUGGCAAUGCGUGGUCGCUACGAUGAAGGCCUGAAAUCGCUCGCGAAGCUCCGUCAACGCGACCAGCGAGACGUCCUCGUGCAAGCCGAAUGGACCGAGAUCCGUGCAGAGAUUGGCGCUUUUGAAGAAUCGCAGGCCGAGCGUCACCCAUCGCUGGCGACGGCCGCACUUUCGCCCAGGACACGCCUGUUGAGCGACGAAGUCAAGCUGGCCGCCCUUGGGUGGCUCGACACUCUGAAGCCGGCCUACCUGCACAGAACCAUCAUCGCCAUUGGUCUCAUGUUCUUCCAGCAACUCGUCGGCAUCAAUGCAUUGGUUUACUACUCCCCCACACUCUUCGAGACUCUUGGCUUGAAUUACGAAGGCCGCCUGAACUUCUCUGGCAUUGUCAACAUCAUGCAGCUCGUCGGCACGACCAUGUCCUUCUUCAUCAUCGACCGCUUCGGCCGCAAGCCGCUGCUUGUCUUUGGUUCGACGGGCAUGGUCAUCGAAAUGGUCGUCGUGGCCGCUCUCACGGCGCAAUUUUCGAGCGAUUGGCCGGCUCAUCAGCCGGCGGCAAAGGCUGCCAUUGCUAUGCUCAAUCUGUACAUGGUCAGCUAUGGACUCUCGUGGGGCCCUAUCGCCUGGGCUGCGCCCGCUGAGCUCUUUCCCUCUUCGAUGAGGGCGAAGGGUGUCGCAUGGAGCGUCAUGAGCAACUGGUUCUUCAACUUUAUCAUCGGCCUGAUCGUGCCUCCGAUGCUACAAAACAUCGGCUAUGGUACCUUUAUCUUCUUUGCCUGCUUCGCCUUUCUCUCGGCUCUCUUUGCCAUCUUUGUCAUGAAGGAGACGCGAGGCGUGCCGCUCGAAGCCAUGGACCGCCUCUUCCACGACAACUCGGGCACCCGCGAUGCGAUGUGCCGGGAUCGUAUCAAGCGCAACCUCAUCGACGAGACCCUCAAUGUGGAUCCCAGCGAGGACGGAAGCAACAGUGGAGGAAUGUCGGCGGUUGCGCCAGCCGUCUCGCUCGUCGAGUCGUCCGAUGCAAAGGAGAAGUCCGAUGUUGCGUAGUGUAGCUUUGUAGUAUUCAGUCCUUAUUUGCCGCCACGAGCUGUUUCGUACUUCUCAUGUUUCAG